GAUGUCGUCCUUGAUCAACAAAGCGCGCUCUGCUCGUGAUGUGACCGCUACGAAGAACAGCGCUCUAAUGAGGGAUUAACAGGGCGUGUACGAAUCUUUAACUCUGCGGUUGUGCUCCAAUAUAUAGCUUCGACGUUUCGGGUUGCACAGCAAACGAAAUUGGAAAAUUAUAUCACUAGAUAAAAAAAUAAGCACUUUUCCCGCCACUAUCAAGGUCACGAGAGGCCACGAUUACGAAACAGUGGAAUUUGUAUGUGCCAGAGUCCAAACUUUUUGGCGUCUCGGUAGUCGGGAUGUUAGUUCCUAAUCAUCUCUAGAGCGAAGAAGUGUAUGUAGGCCUUUUUUCUUGACGGCGAAAUAUUUCACCAUGGCAGAAACAACAGUGGCUGGCCAUGUGCUGGGAGCCCUGCUAAUAGAAGGCAAGACCAAGAAGGUCUGGGACCUGCCCCUGGAACCAGGACUGGUGCUGAUCGAGAGCAAGGAUCGCAUCACGGCCGGAGACGGCGUCAAGGCUCACGAGUUGGAAGGAAAAGCUGCCAUCUCCACCCGAACAACUGCCAAAGUCUUUCAACUUCUUAGUUCUGUCGGUGUGAAAACUUCUUUUGUGAAAACGGUUAACGACACAGCAUUUAUUGCUAAGAAGUGCGAGAUGGUGCCCAUAGAGUGGGUUACUCGUCGCUUGGCCACUGGCUCGUUCCUCAAGCGACGACCCGGUGUGCCUGAAGGCUACCGCUUCAGUCCUCCCCUUCAGGAAACAUUCUUCAAGGAUGAUGCUAACCACGACCCUCAGUGGUCGGAGGAGCAAAUCGUGUCCGCACAGUUCAAAUUCAAUGGGGUUACUAUUGGCCAGGACGAAGUGGACAUCAUGCGUUGUAUGACGAUAACUGUGUUUGAGAUUCUGGAGAAAGCAUGGGCCUCGCGAGGCUGUACCCUUAUCGACAUGAAAAUUGAGUUUGGAAUCAACGCUGAAGGCGAGAUAAUGGUAUCGGACGUGAUCGACAGCGACUCGUGGAGGCUGUGGCCCUCUGGAGACAAGCGGCUCAUGAAAGACAAGCAGGUGUAUCGCAACUUGAAGACCGUGACGCAAGCGGACCUAGAAAUUGUCAAGACAAACUUCUUGUGGGUGGCGGAUCAGUUGGAGCACCUCAUACCACCAUGCACCAGCCUGGUGGUUAUCCUGAUGGGAUCACCAUCAGAUGAGGAACACUGCAGAAAGAUUGCAUUUCACCUGAAAGCACUGGGCAUCCCUUUUGAGCCCAGAGUUACAUCCGCGCAUAAAGGAACUGAAGCCACAUUGAAGAUAGCAGCAGAAUACGAAGGUACGGACCGGAAGGUGGUGUUCAUUGCGGUGGCUGGUCGCAGCAAUGGCUUAGGGCCAGUGCUGGCAGGAAACGUGACAUUCCCAGUGAUCAACGCUCCGCCUGUCAAGAGCGACAACGUGACACAAGAUGUCUGGUCAUCCCUCAACUUACCAUCAGGGCUGGGUUGCACUACAGUGGUGUUCCCAGAAGGAGCUGCUUUGGCCGCUGCCCACAUUCUCGCGCUCCACGACCACGUCAUUUGGGCUCAACUCAGAGUAAAAAAGCUCAACAGUUUCCUGUCGCUCAAGAAAGCUGAUAAGGCUGUCAAAAAAGUGUCUAUGUAAAAAUGGACGUGCAUAAGUGCCAACAUUUCAGCAGAUCUGUUUUUACACGUUUACUGAGCUCAAAAAUAUUUUUGAUAUUUUUGUAUGAUAUUUUUAUUGCAUUUAUAUUUUGCAUUCCUAGUUGAAAACCUCUGUGUGUUCAUUAUAUUUUGCUUGUUAAUGGUAUUGUAAUGAGCGCAACUGAUAAAAUUUUGUAAACCUG